AUCGCAUCUCUCGUUAUCAGAACCUCACCAUGUCCCUUCCCGACGUUGAUAUCGCCCCGGCCCAGGGCAUUUCCUACUUCACCCCCGCCCAGGAUCCUCCCGCUGGCUCGGCAGCCAAUCCUCAGACUAGCGGCAAGCCCGUUCCCAAGCUCUACCAGCCAUUGACGGUCCGCGGCCUCACGUUCCAAAACCGCCUUGGUCUCGCUCCCCUCUGUCAAUACAGUGCCCAGGAUGGCCAUAUGACCCCCUACCACAUUGCCCACCUGGGCUCGAUCGCUCAGCGCGGUCCCGGCUUGAUGAUGAUCGAAGCGACCGCCGUCCAGCCCGAGGGUCGUAUCACCCCCCAGGACGUGGGUCUCUGGAAGGAUUCGCAUAUUGAGCCCAUGCGCCAGGUCGUUGAGUUCGUGCACAGCCAGAACCAGAAGAUCGGAGUGCAGCUGGCCCACGCCGGUCGCAAGGCCAGCACCGUGGCUCCCUGGGUGUCCACCGCCGUCGUCGCGACCGAGAAGGUUGGCGGAUGGCCCGACAACGUCAAGGGUCCCAGCGACAUCCCCUUCGCCGAUUCCUUCCCCCAGCCCAAGGCCAUGACCAAGGAUGAUAUCGUCCAGUUCAAGAACGACUGGGUUGCCGCCGUCAAGCGCGCCCUCGCGGUUGGCGUCGACUUCAUCGAGAUCCACAACGCCCACGGCUACCUGCUGUCCUCCUUCCUGUCUCCUGCUGUCAACAACCGCACCGACGAGUAUGGCGGCUCCUUCGAGAACCGCAUCCGUCUGUCCCUCGAAAUCGCCCAGCUAACCCGUGAGACUGUCGGCCCCAACAUGCCCAUCUUCCUGCGCAUCUCCGCGUCCGACUGGCUCGAGGAGGUCCUGCCCGAGCAGAGCUGGAACAGCGACUGCACCGUCAAGUUCGCGCAGGAGCUGGUCAAGCAGGGCGCCGUCGACCUGAUCGACAUCAGCUCGGGCGGCGUCCAUGCCGCGCAGAAGGUCAAGUCAAGCCCCGGUUUCCAGGUGCCGUUCGCCGCCGCGGUCAAGAAGGCCAUCGGCGACAAGCUGCUUGUGUCGGCCGUCGGCGCCAUCACCAACGGCCGUCAGGCCGAGGAGAUCAUGGAGAAGGACGGCAUCGACGUGGUCCUGGUCGGCCGUGGCUUCCAGAAGGACCCCGGCCUCGCCUGGACCUUUGCCCAGCACCUCGACGUCGAGAUCUCCAUGGCCAGCCAAAUCCGCUGGGGCUUCACCCGCCGCGGCGGCACCCCGUACAUCGACCCCUCGGUGUACAAGCCCUCUAUCUUUGAUAUGUAA